ACAUCUUUCUUCUUCCUACUCAUCUCCCAAAAAACACUUGUCUUCUUCUUCAAGUGUAUAGAAUCAUUGUGUUCUCAAAAAUUCCGAACUUAGAGUGAGAUAAGGGAGCAAAGGGCCAAUACAAAUGAUAUCUUGUUCAGAAGAAGGUAGUAACAAGAUCCUUGUGGCAAUCUCGUUGGACCGCAACGAGAGCCAAAAUGUUCUAUCUUGGGCCAUCAAUGUUCUUGCUAAACCAAGUGACACCAUUGUGGCUCUUCAUCUUCUUGUUGGUGAAGAACCGAGAAAAUUGCCAAUGAAGAAGAAGAAGAGAACUCAGAUUCGACAUGCCAAAGCUCACGUUAUCUCCAUGCUUGGAGAGUUCGCUUACACUUGCUGCCACAACCAGGUGAAUUUGGAAGCCAAGGUAGGGUUUAGCUCAAACAUUGGAAGAGGACUAAUCGAUGAAGUCAAAUCGAUUUCUGCUCAUUAUCUUGUUCUUUCUCGACCAACAACCCACGAAUUCAGGAUAUGGAAUGACAUCACAAGAUAUGUCUCCGACUUUGCUCCAUCAAGUUGCUCUGUUGUUCUAGUAGGAAAUCAAAGAAAACCGCAUAAAGAUUGUUACUCUGACUCCGCGAUUUCUCGAGACAUAAAGAGUGAGAAGUAUUCACCGCGCAGUGUACUAAACGCUUUAUCAAGAGAUUCACUUAGCUCUUCGGGAGAUGAUGCUUCAAGCUUCAAUGGUUCAAUGGUCUCUUCUAGCUUCGCUUCGCCUUCAGGGAAACCAAAACAUAAGCCAAUGUCUCCAUACAGAUUCAUAUCUUCUCUUAUCAUGAACUCUCCUCUGAGGAAAUGGAGAGGAAGCGAGACUAAGAGCAAGCUUAAACCUCAACCUUUAAUUCAAUGCUUCACUUACAACGAGAUUUCAAAGGCCACGAAUGGUUUUGAUCAAGAGAACAUUGUAGGCAUAGGAGGCUACUCUGAAGUGUACAGAGGAGAUUUAUGGGAUGGAAGAAGAAUCGCAGUGAAGAGAUUAGCCAAGGAGAGUGGUGACAUGAACAAGGAGAAAGAGUUUCUUACAGAACUCGGCAUCAUUAGUCAUGUCUCUCAUCCCAACACUGCUCUUCUCUUAGGUUGUUGUGUUGAGAGAGGUCUCUAUCUUGUCUUCAGAUUCUCCGAGAAUGGAACCUUGUACUCUGCGUUGCACGAGAAGGAGAAUGGGUCGUUAGAUUGGCCUAUACGAUACAAAAUUGCGGUUGGAGUUGCUCGAGGGCUUCACUAUCUUCACAAACGCUGCAACCACCGGAUCAUUCACCGCGACAUAAAAUCUUCCAAUGUUUUACUUGGACCUGAUUAUGAACCGCAGAUAACUGAUUUUGGAUUGGCGAAAUGGUUGCCUAACAAAUGGACUCACCAUGCGGUUAUACCAGUUGAAGGAACGUUUGGUUAUCUAGCACCAGAGUCCUUAAUGCAAGGAACAGUCGACGAGAAAACCGACAUCUACGCAUUCGGUAUUCUCCUAUUAGAGAUCAUAACUGGACGAAGACCGGUUAAUCCCACUCAGAAACACAUUCUCUUAUGGGCAAAGCCGGCGAUGGAGACAGGUAACACAAGAGAGUUGGUUGAUCCGAAAUUGCAAGAUAAGUAUGACGAUCAACAGAUGAACAGGCUUAUCCUUACGGCUUCACAUUGUGUUCAACAAUCACCCAUAUUACGACCAACCAUGACUCAGGUACUGGAGUUGCUCACAAAUGGGAACGAGGCUGAGAUUGCAAAGAGCUGGAGAAUGCCUAAGGAUAUGACUAAUGACCAUGAUGAUAUUUUGAUAAUAAUGGAUGGGAUGACUAUUCUAUGAUUUUCGGAUACGAUGUUCCUUCGGAUUCUUCUUUUUGAUAUUUUUGUCUAAUAUCUACUGAUUUCUUUUAUUUAGAUUUUUUUUCAUUCUUUUGCAUGUUAUGACUUAUGAGAUCUUUAACGUUCCCUCCAUUAUGUAUCAGGAUUCAAAACUAAUAGAAAUAUCAAAUAAGGUACAUA